CGACGUGGGCAACGUAGCGUGUUUUACCUUCUCCGCCCUAUUGGAAGGCUUUGCUUUAAAAGAGCAAAAAGCUGAAAUACAUUUACCGCCAGCAACUUUAUCCUCUUUACCUUGUCGGUCAUUUUGCCUCGACAUGUCUGGUUUUGACGAUCCCGGAAUCUACUAUAGUGACAGCUUUGGCGGCGGAGAGGGAGCCGGCGCGGAUGAGACGGGAACGAAGCGGGCCCAGAUCAAGAAACGGUUCCGUGAAUUUCUCCGGCAGUUCAGAGUUGGGACCGAUCGCACCGGAUUCACAUACAAAUACAGAGAUGACCUGAAGAGACAUUAUACUCUAGGGGAGUACUGGGUAGAGGUGGAGCUGGAGGAUCUUGCCAGCUUUGAUGAGGACCUGUCCGACUGCCUUCACAAGCUGCCCACCGAGAACUUGCCUUUGCUGGAGGAGGCAGCAAAGGAGGUGGCUGAUGAAGUGACCCGUCCAAGGCCUGUAGGGGAGGAGGCGAUGGAGGACAUCCAGGUUAUGCUUAAAAGUGAUGCCCACUCUGGCUCCAUCCGUGGCCUCAAGUCUGAACAGGUGUCACGCCUGGUGAAAGUGCCUGGUAUCAUCAUCUCAGCCACAGCGAUUAAAGCCAAAGCUACCAGGGUAUGUCUGCAGUGUCGUGGCUGUCGCUCUGUCAUCAGUAACAUUCUUCUGCCCCCGGGCCUGCAAGGCUAUGCUCUACCACGCAAGUGCAACACCGACAAUGCAGGUAGAGUGAAAUGUCCUAUGGACCCUUACUUCAUCAUCCCAGACCGCUGUGUGUGUGUGGACUUCCAAACACUUCGCCUUCAGGAAUCUCCCGACGCAGUGCCACACGGAGAAUUGCCCCGUCACCUGCAGCUCUAUUGCGACAGGUACUUGUGUGACCGUGUUGUCCCUGGCAACAGAGUCACCAUUAUGGGUAUCUACUCUAUUAAGAAGGUGGCUUCCAGUAAGACCAAAGGCAGAGAGAAGGGUUCUGGUGUGGGAAUCCGUGCUUCCUACUUGCGAGUGGUUGGUAUCCAGGUGGACACGGAAGGAACAGGUCGUGGAGCUACUGGGUCAGUCUCCCCACAAGAGGAGGAGGAGCUGAGAGCUUUAGCGGCAUCUCCAAACGUCUAUGCCUCUCUUGCUCGCUCUGUGGCUCCCUCCAUUUAUGGCAGUGAUGAUUUGAAGAGGGCAAUCACCUGCCUGUUGUUUGGUGGGUCAAGGAAGAGGCUUCCUGAUGGCCUGACCCGUAGAGGAGAUAUCAAUCUGCUGAUGCUUGGAGACCCUGGUACAGCCAAGUCUCAGCUACUGAAGUUUGUGGAGAGGUGUUCUCCUAUUGGGGUUUAUACCUCAGGUAAGGGCAGCAGUGCUGCUGGUCUGACUGCAUCUGUACUGAGAGAUCCCCAAACUCGAGGUUUCAUAAUGGAGGGAGGGGCAAUGGUGCUGGCCGAUGGUGGUGUAGUGUGCAUUGAUGAGUUUGACAAGAUGAGAGAGGAUGACAGAGUUGCUAUUCAUGAAGCCAUGGAGCAACAGACCAUCUCUAUUGCUAAGGCUGGCAUCACCACUACCCUUAACUCCCGCUGCUCUGUACUGGCAGCAGCUAACUCUGUGUUUGGCCGCUGGGAUGAUACAAAGGGUGAGGACAACAUUGACUUCAUGCCCACCAUCUUGUCUCGUUUUGACAUGAUCUUCAUCAUCAAGGAUGAACAUGACCAGCAGAGAGACAUGACCUUGGCUCGUCACGUGAUGAAUGUCCAUCUGAGUGCUCAGACACAGACAGAGGCUGUAGAGGGGGAGAUUCCACUGGCCACAUAUAAGAAAUAUAUUGCCUUUGCCAGGACUAAAUGCGGGCCUCGUCUCUCCGCUGCUGCCGCUGAGAAACUGAAGAACAGAUAUGUAGUGAUGAGGAGUGGAGCGAGGGAGCAUGAAAGAGAGAGUGACAAAAGAGCCUCCAUCCCCAUCACUGUCAGGCAGCUGGAGGCUGUUGUGCGUAUUGCAGAGUCCUUGGCCAAGAUGAAGCUGCAAGCUGUGGCGGGAGAGGAAGAGGUAGAUGAGGCCCUCAGGCUCUUCCAGGUGUCCACGCUGGAUGCUGCUCUUUCUGGUAGCCUUUCAGGUGCCGAAGGCUUCACAACUCAAGAGGACCAGGAGAUGAUCUCGCGUAUUGAGAAGCAGCUGAAGAGGCGCUUUGCCAUUGGCUCCCAGGUGUCUGAGCAUAGCAUCAUCCAAGAUUUCACCAAACAGAAGUAUCCAGAGCAUGCCAUCCUCAAAGUCCUCCACCUGAUGAUGAGGAGAGGAGAACUUCAGCACCGCAUGCAGAGGAAAGUGCUCUACAGAGUCAAGUAGAGAGGUGUGUGUAUUCACGUGGAUAUCCUUAUUGUUGAUGUAAAUAGUUUGGUCUUCAUAUGGGCCAUUUGGCUACGCUUACUAAGUGACCAAAUUACAUAUUGGUCAGCUGUUUAUGAAAGCUUGUGUAUCUUCUUGACAUUCAACUUGUGACUGACUUAUCAAGUUAAACCCAGAUCUAGUGCUGUAGUGUUUUAUUCAGACAGUUCAUUUUGCGAGGGCUUAUGAGUCUUGUACUAGAACAGUUACAUAUCUGGUGAUUUGAUCUUCAAUGCUCUGUAAAGAAUAAAGUAUUUGAUAUUGUUA